ACCCCCAUCAGUGAACGAUACCCUAGGAGCGUUGCCGUUGUAUGGUUAUCACCAAUCUUUAAACUUUUUCAUCAAAUGCGGAAUUCUUCAUUUUAUAUUACCAAAUCGAUCGUUUAUGAGUGCUUAUCUCACAGUCCAUUCCGACGAUGCAAUUUUUCUAGUGAUUCCGGGAUUCACAAUGUUUAACAAAGCCUCGAUAUAAAUGGGCUGUAUAUGGCAAAAGGUACUUUUAGUAUCACUGAGGAAAUUUUUUAAGUGCAACUGAUAAUGAUCCACAUAAAACUUCCAUAAUUUUAUUCCCAGGACAAGGAUCUCAUUUUGUCGGAAUGGGCAAAAAUCUUGUAAAGUUACCGAAGAUAAGGCAAAUGUUUCAAUGUGCCAAUGAAAUAUUAAGAACAGAUAUUCUUCGUAUUUGCCUUGAGGGUCCUGCUUCAAAACUAUCAAAAACCAUUCACUGUCAACCAGCUACUUUUAUAAUUUCUUUAGCAGCCCUUGUAAAGCUUCGAGAAGAAAAUGACGAGGUUUCUAUGCCAUAUAAUUCACGCUAUAUGUUUUAAGUUAAUUAGAAAUUGCGUGGGUACAGCAGGGUUUAGUCUCGGCGAGAUCAGUGCUUUAGUGUUUUCGGGUGCCCUGACGUAUGAAGAAGGUCUGCAUAUCAUUCGUGUCCGAGCAGAAGCCAUGCAAAAAGCUUGUGAUGAAAAAGCUGGAGCAAUGGUUACUGUUUUCCUCAAUCCUGGAUCCCCAUUAAAACUUUGUAUAGCAGCAGCUAUCAAUCAUUGCGAGGUUCGCCAUAAAAUCCAGAACCCUUGUUGUAAAGUUGCUAACUAUUUAUAUCCAGAUUGCAAAGUUAUCGCUGGAAAUAAAGAGGCAAUCGACUUUAUUGAAGAUCAUGCUGGUCAAUUUGGAAUACGUCGAACUAAACGAUUACCAGUUGAUGGGGCUUUUCAUACUCCUUUGAUGUUCUCUGCCCGGAAAGUUAUUGCUAAUUCACUAGAUAGGAUGGGGAAUUUCCGGAGACCUUCGAUACCUGUUAUUAGUGCCGUAGAUGUGUUACCGUAUAGAGGUACAAUGAAUAUUAAACGAAAACUUGCUAUGCAGGUUAUCCGUCCUGUAAGAUGGGAGCAAACGAUGUAUGCACUAUAUGAUCGCCCAACAGAUGUCCCUUUUCCUCGUACAAUUGAAGCCGGUCCUGGCCGACAACUUGGUGCGAUGCUGAGGAUGGUCAGCCGUGGAGCAUUUGAUGGUUACAGCUCUAUAGACGUGUAGAUAUUGUCAUUCUCUUCAGUUGCAUUUAAUGUGUACCCAUGUAUAUACCAACCAACGUGUACAGCUAAACAAAAUAUAUUAGCAAAUUAAACUCAAUGAUUUUAUUUGCGGAUAAAUGAUUUAGUAAUGUAAUAAUUUUUUAGAGGUGUAGUUUACUCGUGAUUUAUUUUUUCACCUUUAUAAGUUACGAUAUUCUUUUCAGUUUCCCAUAUUUUGACUUCGUAAAGUAAAUUAUUAGGGAUAGCAUUGACUAAUUGUGACCAUAUGAAAACUGCUAGGUUUUCCGUAGUUGAUACAAUACUAUUCUUUUUAAAAUAUUCAACAUCUUCAUCUAUAUUUUUAUGAUCUAAUAGGUCGAGGACAUGUUUUUGAACAACUGAUUUCAAGUCACUUAUGUUCAUAAUCAUACCGGUUCUUUGAUCGAUAGGUCCUGAAACUGUGACUUCUAAUUUGUAAUUAUGACCAUGUCCCAUUGGAUUAUUACAUUUUUGAAACAGUUU